GGAGAAAAGCGCCCUACUUAAUCAGCCAAAUCGGCCACCUUUGGUCGCGCCUCUACGUACAGUAUUAUUACUCUGGACAGAAGAUCUGCUCGCGAAUGCGAACCUGGUUCGUUUAGCAGGUAGUCAUUAUGGAUAUGACUGGUUCUCACAGUCAAGCGCAUGCUCAGUUCAUCGGAGGUAGCGAGAGGCACCCAAGUUAAAACAGCCUUGGGAGUCGCCCUACAUACUUUUGCCCUUCAUUUUUUGUUCAACUCGGAAAGGCUCAACGGCGGGUGCUGAGUUUCCCGCCAGCACUGUGACUUGUCCACGGUGACAUACACGACCAGGAUCCAAAUCUUUUUCUUGAUCUUCAGCAUGGCCGAACACGAUGCCCUGUUCGGAUCCUACUCCCACCUGAAGAAUCUUUCUCGGCAGGAGGAUGCUCUCCAUACUCUCAAACGGCUUGCGUCAAUGGUCAAGCCGAUCAUGCGGGCGCGAGGAUGGCGAGUUAGACAACUUGCAGAGUUCUACCCAGACCAACAAAAUUUGCUCGGACUCAACGUCAACCGCACUCACAAGAUCCUCGUCCGCUUACGAUAUCCCGGCGACGUCAACCAGUUCCUUCCUUUCGAAGAAGUUACCGAUACGCUACUUCACGAACUGGCACACAUCGUCCAUGGCCCACACGACUCUAAGUUUCAUGCACUCUGGGACCAGCUUCGGGAUGAACACGAAGGCCUUUUAAGAUCCGGUUAUACUGGCGAUGGCUUUCUUUCAGUCGGUCACAAGCUAGGUGGCAGGCGCAUACCCAUGGAUGAGGCGCGCCGUAUAGCCCGCGUUGCAGCAGAAAGGCGUAGGGCGGAGCGGGGAGAUGUUGGGCGGAGAUUAGGGGGCAGGACGCCAAGGCCCGGAGAGAACAUCCGAGAUGUAAUUGCGAAUGCGGCGGGGAGGAGGCAGGCAUCCUUGCAAGGCUGCGGCAAUACAAAACAUGGCGAGGGCGAAAUCCGGCAAAUCGAGGAGGCAGCAACUAGAAAUGGCUUCAGAACGAAGGCUGAAGAAGACAAGGCAAAUGAGGAUGCCAUCGCUCAAGCAUUGUGGGAACUAGUGCAGGAGGACAAAAAGGCUCGACUAGGUACCUCUUUUGUGCCGCCUGCAGAUUUCAACCAAGACCUGGUGUUUAUUGAUGGGAAGAUGAGCGACGAUAAAUCCAGGCGUGCAGGACAUGAUUCUCUCAAGCGAGCGGGCUCAAGUCAUGAUAUGAGCGACGUCCCUCCUCUGAAGCGGCCGGCGGCCUCGGGAAGUAUGAGUACAACUGUUCAGUGGACAUGCACAGCCUGCACCUUGAUCAACGCCCCUGGCAAUUUACGGUGCGAGAUUUGUGAACAUCCGCGCCCGACGGAGGCGGCUGCAACAAGAGCUUCUGGAUUAACCGCCAAGCAAACUACAAAAUCCGAGGUCAUUGACUUGACAACAAGCCCAAAGCAAAGCGCGAAGCCUUUAAAUAAAACAGUAUCGGACGAUGUAAACAGCGCAGCGCGUUCACGCGAGAGUAAACUCGCACCGUUCUGGCAUUGUCGGCAUUGCGAGACUCGCAUGGAGCGCAAAUGGUGGACUUGCUCAAAAUGUGGCAGAAUGAAAGAGGCCGAUAGCUCUCAUGGUCGAGCCGAAAAACCCAACAGCGGUGGAGUUUAUUCACAAGGCGGGACUUACGUGCCGCGAAUACCUGCGCCUACCUCAGAUUGCUGGAAGUGUCUGAACUGCAAAACACGAAUGGAUAGCAAAUGGUGGAUAUGUUCAAUGUGCGGUAAGAUGAAGGAAAGUUCGUGAGACAAAAAUGAUUCCGUAUGAGCUAUGACGAUGUUGUGUCGUGUUGGUGUGAAUUGAUGACUUAGAAAUGGGGCAACAAUGGGUUUGUAUCAUGUUAAGGUCCUAGCUAGGGAUUUCUUACGCCACGGCAUUUGAUGCUGUUUCCUCACAAGAAGGGUCAUAACGUGACAGACCCGCGGCGGUCUAGAUUACCGGUAGACAUACCGUAGCUUGCGUUGAUAAGAUAGAUGGUGUGGUUCAAUAAACAUAUUUUGCAAA